CAAUUCACCGCCAGUUAACAUUCGAUGAAAUAUUCUCCAAUUAUGUCUCAAUCUGGUUCGGAGCAUCAAGAGGCAGCUCAUGCUGAAGCAACUUGCCCCGGCAUUGCAUAUAAAGAUCUUUCGCCAGAACAACAAGAAAUGAGCGACAUUCUAUAUAAAAUGGAGCGCCAUGACCUAGACCUAUGAGGCAUUGUACACCUCGGCCGUGACGGGAUUUUCCGCUACCUUGAUGCUGAUCGCAAUAUCCACUAUGCAAUUGCUCUGAGGCCUGCGUUAAUAAAAGCUUUAUUAGACCGCGGCCCUUAUGAUAAGGAGGAAGAGAUAGUCUUUCGCGGAGUUGAUGGAACAAAAGUUCCUAAAGAGCAGUGGUAUAAUCCACUC